GCAAAUUGGCGUUAGACAGUGGCAUCAGCAGAUCCACAAACGUGGGCUCUUCAGGGAAACUUGAGGACAAGGGAGACAUUUGGGUUCUAGAACAGAGGAAGAACUCUCUUGGUGUGCAGAGACAGACAGAGAACUGAGCAAGAACCGUCAGGGGUAGAGUGAGACUUGAGUGUCUCAGACAAGAGGGUCCAACAGUAGAAGCAACACCUACAACUUGCUCUGCAGAAAGUCUCUCCAAAUCAUGCUCUGCAGUCACACUCCACAGGGGACUAGAGGUUAUCUCAGCGCAGAAAGAAUGUAACAUCACUUGCAGUCUAUAUUUAGACCCACAUUUCUGCCGAAUGAACUGAAGGGAAGUUGCUAAGGCAAAAUGGUGAAUUUAACGUCAAGAAGAAUAUUAAGGAUGAACCCACACACCAUUGCUGAUGAUUUAGUCUGACCUGAGAAGUCUAUUGAUGCCUUUGGUAAUAGGAGAUAUGCCUUAUGUGGAUCGGCAGAACCGGACCUGCGGGUUUCUUGAUAUUGAAGAUGAAGGAAGUGGGCGGUUUCUACGUAGAUAUUUUAUCCUGGACACUCAAGCGAAUUACCUUCUUUGGUACAUGGAUAAUCCUCAGAACCUGCCCAAUGGAACGGGAGCAGUUGGAUCUCUGAAGUUGACAUACAUAUCUAAGGUUGACAUAGCAAAUGUGAAGCAAAAGGCAAAGGCGAAAUUCUGCUUUGUUAUAAAGGCACUGUCACAGCGAUAUUUCCUUCAAGCCAGCGACCAAAAUGACCUACUGGGAUGGGUUGAGGCCAUAAAUUCAGCAAGCAAAAUUACUGUUCCCAGGCCCACCCCGGCUACAGCGCCUGAAGUUGGAUCGGCUGCUUCUGGAUCAGCUGCCUCUGGGGAGAGAAGGUCUCAGACAGCAUAUAGGACAGAGAUCAUUGGGGGUGUUGUGGUGCAAACUGCAAUUAACCAGAAUGGAGGGGAGAGCCAUGAAGUGACGCCAUCUGAACCCCUAAAUCAUUCUGCCCUUCGGCGCACCCAAAGCCAAGCGCCAAUGUCGCUGCACAAGAGCCAGCCCUCCCGUUCCCUUCUGAAGAGUGGCUACUGCGUCAAACAGGGGAAUGUGAGGAAAAACUGGAAACGAAGAUUCUUUGUUUUAGAUGUAUUCUCUAUCAGCUACUUCAAAUGCAGUACGGAUCGAGAACCUUUACGGCGCAUCCUACUUCGGGAGAUUCUGAAGACCCACGAGUGUCUGGUCAAGUCUGGGGAUUUGUUACUAAGAGAUAAUUUGUUUGAAAUCAUUACUGGGCCGAGGACAUUCUACAUUCAGGCUGACAGCCCCCAGGAGAUGCACAGCUGGAUAAAGGCAAUUAAUGCAGCAGUACAGACAUUGCGGAUGCGUUACAGAGAGUCUUGUUUUGGGAGGACCAUGUCGCUGAACCGCUCAUGUAUUCCUGGUCCUUCCUCUGAAUCUGCUUUUUUGCAACCCCGUGGCGAGAAUAAGCAUCCCCUAGGAAAGUCUUCUUCUGUGAAGUCAACAUGGCAGCCCUGGACACCAGUCCCCAAAUGCGACACAGAGACACCCGGUCAGUUGACUUUGGGGAGUAUGGAGGAUAGCGGUGAGAGUGGGGGAAGAACGCGGCACUCCUCUGAGCCCCAGUGGUCAAGGGAGAAACAGUUACUCUACAGUCUCGAUGAUAUGAGCCUCCGAACGUCCGACGUGUGACCGGCCAUUCUCUCUUGUGCAGUUCAACAUGGGUGAAAACAUCUGAUCAUAUUCUCAGAACUAUAAUCUGGUGUUUGGGGGGGGGGUCAACCUGGGUCCAACUCAUAAUGGAGCUCUGAACAGCUCUGAACAUUAUUGGGCCUCAUUCUCUAUUAGCCAGCCUAACACAUUUGGUUGUGGGAAAAACAUGGAGGAUAGUACAAAUUUUUGCACUUUGCUCUUUGCUUGCUCCUCUUAAUUGAUUUGUCCAACCUCAACCCUUUAGCUGUUGUUAAAGUCCUGGGAGCAUUUGGAGAGACUGAAGGACCAAAGGCCAGUAUAUAAAUACAGGGCCCCCUGUUUUGCCCCAGGUUAUGCCACUUCUAAAGAUGGUUCUUGUUGAUCCCUGUGAAAUAUUAAUGUGAAAUAAUAAUCUGGAGACCGUUAUAAGGAAGGACUGUGCUUGACCUAACUUGGCUUUAAUUCAUUGUGUAUCUCUGAAAUAAUGCAAAUGUAAAUACACUUCAUGCUAUGUUACGAUCUGGGAUGUAGACUACAAGUCUGUUUAAUAUAAAUGAAGCAGAUAUUAAAUGUCGGCUUUUAUUAUAA